AUGCAGUUGAAGGAAAUCGAAGAACUUUAUCUAGAUGAAGUCCAAGGUGUCAAGAAUGUACUUUAUGAUCUUGAUGCAGGUGGUCUCCCAAAAUUGAAGCAUCUCUCUGUCCAAAAUAAUCCCUACAUUUGGUGUAUAGUUGACUCAGUGGAGUGGCUACCUUGUGACGCCUUCCCACUCUUGGAGUCAUUGUUUCUUCGUAAUUUAAUUAACUUGGAGAAGAUAUGUCAUGGUGAACUGACAGCAACAUUUUUCUCUAACUUAAGGAUGAUAAAAGUGAGAAACUGUGAUAAAUUAAGAGAUUUCUUGUCGAUCUCUGUUUUUAGAGGCCUUCCAAAACUUCAAAAUUUUGAGUUGAUUAAAUGCAAGAAUAUGGAAGAGAUUUUCACAAUUGAAAGAGAAAGUGAAAAGAUUGACUUUCAUCAAUUACGCUUCUUGAUUCUAAAAUUUCUUCCACGGCUCACAAGCUUUUACCAUGAAGUGAAGUCACAUUCUGCUGUACAAAUUACGCACAAGGAAUUGACAACUGAUAAAUUAUCUAAAGAAGUCAUUUCGGUGGCUGACUUUGAUGCUCCCAUGCCAUUUUUUAGUGGAAAAGUUAUGUUCCCUAACUUGGAGGCCUUGGAACUUUGUGCAAUUAAUUGUGAAAAGAUUUGGCCUUGCCAACCUCCAGUACUGCCUUCUUUUCAAAAUUUUACAAGUUUGAUUGUGCGAGGCUGUGAUAAACUAAAGCAUCUUUUUCCAUCCUUCGUAGCCAGAAGUUUUGUCCAGCUCCAACACCUUGAGAUAAGUAACUGCAGGGUUUUGGAGGACAUUGUUACACAGGAAGACGAAACAGAGUUUACUAAAUUUGUCUUUCCACAAGUAACCUUUCUGAAACUCUGGGACCUACCAGAACUGAGAACUUUCUACCAUGGGAGGCAUACUUCAGAAUGGCCAUUGUUAAAAAGGUUGGAGUUAAGUGGUUGUGACAAAGUAAAUAUAUUCACUUCAGAGUCUUUUAACUUCCAGGAAAUUAACGAGGCCCUGCUGAAUAUUCCCGUGCAGGAAGCUCUCUUCUUGGUGGAGAAGGUUGUUACCAACUUGGAGGAAUUGAAAUUAAGUGGCAAAGAAAUUACGAUGAUAUUCCAGGGCCAAUUCCCAGAUCACCUUUUUCACAAUCUUAAAAUGCUUGAGAUCAUGAAUGAUAGGUCAGAAAAUUUCCCACUUGGUAUCCUUGAGACAUUUCGCUGUCUGGAAAAGCUUGAAGUAAGAUCAAGUUCAUACAGAGGGAUAUUCCCUAAUGGAGACGCUGUGAGACAUGCUCCAAUGCUUGAAUGCAUAAAAAGUUUGAAGUUGUGGAAACUUCCUGAUCUGAAGCACAUCUGGGAACAAGAAUCUGAAUCAGAUUCUAUUCUUCAAAAUCUUGAGAUUCUGGAAGUAUGGUGGUGUGAUGAUUUGAUUAAUCUGGUGCCAUCCUCAGUUUCUUUCCAAAAUCUUACAAUUUUGGAGUUAUGGUGUUGCAGAAGAUUGAAAAGCCUUCUAGCACCAUCCACAGCCAAAAGUCUUGUGAGACUCGAAAAAAUAAGUGUAGAAGGAUGUGAAAUGAUGACAGAAAUAAUAGCAAGUGAGGUAGAUGUGGGAGAACAUGAGAUUAUUUUCAGAAAAUUGAAGUUUUUGUCACUUGAAAAUUUAGAAUGUCUCGUAAGUUUCUGUUCUGGCAAUAGCACCUUCACAUUCCCAUCUCUGGAAGAUUUGUUUGUGAUAGAAUGUCCCAUGAUGAAGAUUUUCUCUACAGGAGUCUUAGAGACACCAAUGCUAAAUAAAGUUAGACAAAAUCAGGAAGUAGAUGAAGGGUUUUGGCAAGGUGACCUCAAUGCAACCAUAAAAUGGUUAAGCAAAGAAAAGAAUGUCCAGAAUUUUGAAGAAGGUUGUGAUCAUCCUUUUAUUUAUCAUGUGGAGUAAGGCCAUUUUGCAAUUUGAUUUGCGGGCGAGUGCCACAAUUUGCUUUUGUUCAUCUUAUGCAACCCUGUGGCUUGGCACUAUUUGUAUAUGUAGUCCACAUUUGCAAACACUGAGCUUUAGACUCAAACAUGCUGAAGAAAGAUAGGACCCAUCAUAUGUACAGCUGAGAUACGUAAUGAUUUUCUGAGCAAGGCAAGCAGAAGUCUACAAAGAAACAACAUUCUAAAGAAUCUUACUGCCAGAAGCCUUGAAGUGCAAAAAUUUCAGCUGGCCAUGAUAAUCAGGUUCUGUAAUUGCAAGAUGAGUUAUUGCUUACUAUAUUUCAACUCAGAAAAUGCACCAAAAUGAGACUUCUGAAUAUGGCAAAUUUACUGUCCAGCUUUAGAUGCACUAAGUGCUGUUUGGAAGAUGGUGAAAGGUAGGGGUGGCUUUGAGCCCAGCUGGCCUCAGGCUUGAAUCCACAUUCGGAUUGAACAUGCUGAACUCAAGCUGGAACUUCAGUUCAACAGCUUGGCUCAAGUUCGGAUCGAUUUGCCCAUCUGACAACACUGUUCUCUCCCCUAGCAACAUAGCUCAUCCCUCCGAUGACACUGUUUACCCUUAGUUGGCGGAACUGCCCACUUUGUGGUAGGCCUAAGAAGAUACGAUAUAUCAGCACAAACGAGCUCGAGCUUGAGCUCAAGCUUAAAUAUGAGUUGGGCAUUAUGGAUUCGAACCAAGUUUAAGUUGGGCCCUUGUUCAGCUUGGUUAAACUCAAGUCCACCCCUUGUUAAAGAGCCUUUCUGUAUGUGUCUGCUAGAGGGAUUGGAUUUAUAGUCUGCAUAUUAAACGUAAUGGUCGCAAUCUACCAUAUUUAUGGGCUCCUGUAUGACAAAUUUAGUACCAUUUCUGCAUUUGUUCUGGACUUAUUUGGUUAUGGUUUGACCUUUUUUUUUGUUUAUCUGAUCAGAGUGAAAAACAUCAGCUAUGCCCACAAUAUUGAUAGAUUUUAGUUCUUUUUAUUUGUUCA